AUGGACAGCCUCGCGAAGCUGGGCGGCGGUGGAGCUGGCGUUGGAGUAGGAGGAGGAGGAGGAGGAGGCAUAGAGAUGGGACUGGGAAAUGGAACGAUACCGCCGGCUGCCGGUCCGGCAUCAGCCUCGGCCGCGGUGCUGGCUGCCCGCGAGCAGCAGUGGGUGCGGUUCUUCGCGCACGCCAUUGCCUCCCGCCUCGAGCCCGAGACCUUUGCGCAGUAUGUCCCGCUGCUGGCCGCUAAGCACCCGCUGCCCCCGACUGCCAUCGCCGACCUCGUCCUGCGGCCCACCCCAGGCAAUACAGACACCCUCGACCCCCGUGUGCCGAAGUAUCUGCAGUCCCUGUUUGAGCUGCGCAUCGUGGACGUACCCGCUGUGCUGAGGGGCCUCUAUCGAUAUAGCACGAGCCAUGCGCAGUCGGGGUCCCAGGGCCAUGAUGCCGACGGCAAGCCAAAAGACGGAGCGGAGCAUGCCAAUGGCGACAAGAAGCAAGACGGAGAGAGACGCACGGAGGAAGGUAGCGUGCCCAAGUGGACAAGUAGCUACAGCGCCGAGGAGGUCAUCUUCUAUCGCCUGACUAAGGCCGUUGCCCAAGGGGCCGGUAUCAAGACUGCGCGGGAUGCUACUGAGGUGGCGGCUGUAAUGGCACGAUGGAUGAACCUUUUCACGGCUGCUGCGACGGCCUUCGCUGAGGAUGUCAUGGGCCAGCUGCAUAGUCCGCAGAAUCGCGAAGAAAUGGAGUCUGCAAGAGCUGCGUUUGUCCUGCUCCUUUUGAGAGUCUGUGAGAACCCGGUCAUGCUAACGGCCCUCAGCGAGCCGUUUGCCAAAGCUCCGCGGGCCGCACUCUCAGAGAGCCUCGCAAACUUCGUGCCGUCGAUCCUGCAGAGCGCAUCCCAGAUAGCAGCUAGGUUGGAGCUAUUUCGGACGCAGACUCUGGCUGGGUUUGAGCCCGUCGACAAGAAGAAGGAGGCCGCCAACGCGGAAAUCGACGAUCUCCUUGAUUCAACAAUGGGUCUGGAGAACUUUGUCAUCCCAGAACUACCCAUCACCAAUACCCGUGCUGGGUUAUAUAUCUAUCUCAAUGCUUCUUUGGUUGGACGGCCUUUGAUCGAUGAUUCUGCUCUUAUAAAUUACCUACAUAAUAGAUAUCAGGUGGGCACUCUUCUAUGCUGA